AUGAAAUUCCCGGCCUCGGUGUUAGCGUCCGUGUUCCUGUUCGUGGCGGAGACGGCGGCGGCGCUCUACCUGAGCAGCACCUACCGCUCCGGAGGGGACCGCAUGUGGCAGGCGCUGACGCUGCUCUUCUCCUUGAUGCCCUGCGCCCUGGUGCAGUUCACGCUCCUCUUCGUCCAUCGCGACCUCAGCCGCGAUCGCCCACUGUCGCUGCUCAUGCACCUGCUCCAGCUUGGGCCCCUGUACAGGUGUUGUGAAGUCUUUUGCAUCUACUGUCAGUCCAACCAGAAUGAAGAACCUUAUGUGAGCAUCACUAAGAAACGACAGAUACCAAAAGAUGGUCUUUCAGAGGAGGUCGAGAAAGAGGUCGGCCAGGCAGAAGGCAAGCUGUUUACCCAUCGCUCUGCAUUCAGUCGGGCAUCAGUGAUACAGGCUUUCCUAGGCUCUGCCCCGCAACUGACCCUACAACUGUAUAUAACUGUCUUGGAGCAGAAGUUCACUACUGAAAGAUGCUUCAUGAUGACCUUGUCCCUGCUGUCUAUUGUCUAUGGCGCCUUACGUUGCAACAUCUUAGCCAUCAAAAUCAAGUAUGAUGAGUAUGAGGUCAAAGUCAAACCCCUGGCCUAUGUCUGUAUCUUCCUCUGGAGAAGCUUUGAGAUUGCCACUCGGGUCAUCGUCCUGGUCCUCUUUACCUCUGUCCUGAAGAUCUGGGUGGUAGCAGUCAUCCUUGUCAACUUCUUCAGUUUCUUCUUGUACCCCUGGAUCAUUUUCUGGUACAGUGGCUCCCCAUUCCCUGAGAACAUAGAGAAGGCCCUAAGUAGGGUAGGUACCACCAUUGUGCUGUGUUUCUUCACUCUACUCUAUGCUGGCAUCAACAUGUUCUGCUGGUCAGCUGUCCAGCUGAAAAUUGACAAUCCGGAGCUCAUCAGCAAGUCCCAGAAUUGGUACCGGCUGCUGAUUUACUACAUGGUGAGAUUCAUCGAGAACUCUGUCCUCCUGCUCCUGUGGUAUUUUUUUAAAACUGACAUAUACAUGUAUGUGUGUGCACCUCUGUUGAUUUUGCAGCUGCUCGUUGGGUACUGCACCGGCAUUCUCUUCAUGCUUGUGUUCUAUCAGUUUUUCCAUCCUUGCAAAAAGCUCUUCUCUUCCAGUGUUUCUGAAAGCUUUAGGUCAUGUCUCAGGUGUGUUUGUUGGUCCUCCAUGAGGAGCAAAUCCACCGAGCCAGUAGCAAGGAUAGACACAGACUUAAAGGCAUGCACAGAGGAAGAGGUAAUGCCUUCUACCAGUAAAUUGACCCCCGAGACCACUGAGAUUUGGACUGCUGUUGAUCUGUGCUCCGCUUAAUGGAAUUCGAGGCUUCUUACAAGUAAUGAGACUUCAUACCUUCGUACAUGUCACGAACCCUGCACAGGGACUAAGGCAGGAAGUUAGCUGUCAGCUCCCUGUGAGCUGCUACCUUUUAUAAAGCUCUUAGAUUUGAGGCAGCUUUGGGAACACUAGGGAAGCCUACUACCCCACAGUUUGUUUCACACUUGACUCUCUUAUGUUCUUGCAGGCCUUACUGGCCACUUCAUUGAUGGACACAGUAUCCCUGACGUUUCAUUUGACCUGGUCAUAUCCACCAGGCAGAAUAAAGAACAAUGCUUGUUUUUCAGUUUCUAGCCUGUUGUCUCAGUAGCCUGAUGCUUUUCUAUUGCUGAAUAUAGCUUUAUACAAGAGUCCCCAUGAUAGCUGGAAUAGGUUACAAAGGAUUUCACAACUUUGUUUCAAGUAUAGCUUACAGGGGAGCUACUUAAGUUUGUUUUAUCAGUGUGUUCCAUUUUCACCUCAGUAAGACUUUUUGUACAUAACCAACUGUAGCCACUCUGGCAUGCAAUGUGCAUUUUGUUUCAAGGGCCUAGAUUUGGGGACUUUAUUCCCUAGGAUCCAUUGGUACAGUUAUUUAGGAAAGCCACGUUCCAUUCCACAUGUUGAAGAAAGGAGGGA